GGGCUGCCCGGAGCCGGGAAGAGCACCCUGGCCAGACAGCUGAAACGUGACUAUCCCAGUGCUGUAGUUCUUAGUACUGAUGAUUUCUUUAUCGAAAACGGUGUGUACGUGUUUGAGCCUGACUUCCUAGAGGAUGCACACAAAUGGAACCAAAAGAGAGCGCGCAGAGCAAUGAAGAAUGGGAAAAGCCCGGUUGUUAUUGAUAACACCAACAUCCAUGCUUGGGAAAUGAAGCCCUAUGUGAUGAUGGCACGUGAAAAUAGAUAUGAAGUUAUAUUCCAAGAACCAGAUACACCCUGGAAGUUCAAUGUUCGAGAACUGACAAGAAGAAAUAUUCAUCAUGUCCCUCGAGAAAAGAUACAGCAGAUGAAAGACCAAUAUGAGCACAAUGUUACCUUCCACAGUGUUCUUCAGUCUGAAAAGCCAAGCAGAGAUGAGAGAAGCAGCAGUGGACCAAAUGCAGCUUAUGGCAGGGGUGCCCGUUUCAGCCCCACUUUCUCAAACAGGAGACCUCGUGGCACGUACACACAACAUGCCAUUUAA